AGAUUUUCAAAGUAUACCGCAGUGGUUCGAAUCGCGGCGGUCUCUUGACAUCUUUCUUGAGAAACUUCACCAAACAUUAAGCAAUAUGCCACCAAACAGUACGGAUGAAUCCAAUGGAAACUUAAAAGUGUCGGAAAGAAAGGAAUAUCACCGGGAAUAUUCAAAAAAAGACGCGGAGUGGGUCAAUUACGCCAAGAAAUGGGACGAAAUUAAGCAUUUUGUAUCACAACUAAAAUGGUUCAACAUAAUACUUCUAACAACCCUUCACCUGGCUUUUGUAUGGGCAGCGAUCGCAUUCCCAUGGUUGCAACGGAAGAGACUUGUAUUAUGGAAUUUCGUCUUUUCUCAUCUAACUGGAUUUGGCAUAGGAGCAGGUGCCCAUAGAUUAUGGUGUCAUCGCACUUACAAAGCGAAAUUGCCCCUACGCGUCUUUUUAAUGUUAUGCUACGCAACCGCCGGUCACAAUCCUUUGUUCUACUGGGUUCGCGACCAUAGGGUUCACCACAAGUUCACCGACACAGAUGCGGAUCCGCAUAAUUCGAAACGUGGAUUUUUCUUCUCUCACGUCGGAUGGCUGUUUAUGAAGAAGCAUCCAGACGUCAAGAGGAAAGGAAAAGAAAUUGACAUGAGCGACUUAUGGGAGGAUCCAGUAAUACGGUUUCAUCAGAAAUACUUCAUCCCAUUAACACUAACUUUGGGCUUUAUCCUUCCAGCGAUUGUACCACCGCUGGUUUGGGGGCAAGAUUGGUUCUGGUCCAUCAUAUCGAGCGCAGUAGGUCGUUACGUCUUUGUGCUUAACAUUACAUGGUUGGUGAACAGUGCUGCCCAUAUGUGGGGAACGAAACCCUUCGACAAUUCAAUUUCACCUACCGACAAUAAGACAGUCUCGAUGUUAUCCUUUGGAGAAGGGUGGCACAACUACCAUCACACCUUUCCAUGGGAUUACAAGGCGGCGGAGUUAAAAUACGCUGGAUACAAUGUAAGUUCGGUUUUUAUAGAGUUUUGUGGAAAGAUGGGAUGGGCUUACGAUUUAAAGUCGGCCUCGCCGGAAUUAAUUAAAAAAGUCGUGGUAAAAGGAGGCGAUGGUAGUCAUCUAGUAUGGGGCGAAGAAGUUCCUGAGUCCGAGGAGGACGAAAUUCGCAAGGCAACCAAGCAGCAAUGACCUAAACAUUGUCUAUUUAUAUGUACCAUAGAUUGUAAUAUUAGAAUUUCCACUGUUAUUCCCUAGAUAGUUAUAUUGAUAAUGAUAACAAUAGUAACGAACAAAAUGUUCGAUGAAUAAAGUUGA